AUGGACAUAAUAAAAUAUUACAACCGAUACCAACCGUCAUGGUCGGACCAAUAUCCAACAACUUCCUAUUUUUCCCAAUUAGAAACAGAAAAAACUGUCUCACAUCAACACCGACAGAAAGAGCCUCAAGAAAUUUACGACACCAACACUUACGACAGUUUCGUAUCGACGAGCAACGAUUUUGUGGACUUAACAUCGUUAACGGAAGAAGAAAAAGCUCAUUACGGUAAUUUCAAUUUUUUUACAUUGAAGAGAAGUGAGUUUAACAACGAUGAUGAAAAAAGAACCACCGUGGUACUUCAUCAGGAUAGGAGGAGCUCAAGAGGUCGACGAAAAAUUUUGAUACGAGACCGUCCAACUUCACCUACCAUAAUGAAAAAAAGAAGAUUAGCCGCAAAUGCCAGAGAACGAAGAAGAAUGAAUGGAUUAAAUGAAGCGUUCGACAGAUUAAGAGAAGUCAUACCUAGUCUAGAUGCAGAGCACAAACUUAGCAAAUUCGAAACCCUCCAAAUGGCGCAAACGUAUAUUUCUGCAUUGAGGGAAUUAUUAGAACGGAGUAACCUUGAAAGAUAG